GCCUGUGUUAGCUCACAUUCAUGUCCACAAAAAACUCGGCGUCCUCUCGUUCUCCUCUGAAUUUGCUACUUAAUCUAGUACACACCAUUUUGUUUAAUCCGAAAUACUUCUGGUACACGGCUACCCUGGUUAUAUUCGGCGAUGUUGUGCUUACACAACUCAUAAUUCGCUAUGUGCCAUACACGGAGAUAGACUGGGAAACUUACAUGAUCCAUAUCGACCUGUAUCUGAAGGGAGAACGUGACUACUCGCAGAUCACUGGGCCUACAGGACCCCUUGUUUACCCAGCCGGACACGUUCACAUCCACCAUCUACUUCACAUUCUCACUUCCGGAGGGAAAAACCUUCCACUUGCUCAGCAGAUCUAUGGUGCUCUAUAUAUCCUUUCCCUCAUUUUGACAUGUGGCAUCUACAGCAAGACCAAAACUCCUAAUUGGACCCUGCUACUAUUGCCUCUCAGCAAAAGACUGCAUUCAAUCUUUGUUCUGCGACUUUUUAAUGAUUGCUGGGCAGUAGUGGCUACUCAGGCAGCAGUCUUAGCUCUUUUGAGUGGUCGGUAUUCCAUCGGUAUUUUGCUCUUCAGCUGUGCGUUAUCAGUAAAAAUGUCGGUGCUACUAUUUCUCCCUGGGCUUUUGGUGGUCCUCUUCAAGCGUUGUGGCCUCACUGCAACCCUAUACCAUCUAUUCAUUAUAGCGUCUACCCAAGUUCUCAUGGCCUUCCCUUUCUUACGCGAAAAUCCUUGGUCGUACCUUCAUUGUGCUUUCGAUCUCUCAAGGGUGUUUUUGUAUAAAUGGACAGUCAAUUGGCGGAUAGUCGAUGAAGAGACGUUUCUUAGCCCAAAAUGGGCGAAAGGAUUACUCGUUGGCCACGUUUCCACACUCAUUGCUUUUGGUUUGUCUAGAUGGUGUAGGGGUGACGGUGGGGUUUGGAGUGUGCUUCGCAAAGGCUUUCGACGCCCUUCCGCUCCAGCUGGUCUUGCUCCAAUAUCACAGAACUUCGUUGCAACUACACUGUUUACCUCAAACCUCAUCGGCAUUCUCUUCGCGCGUUCUCUUCACUAUCAGUUUUAUGCGUGGUAUGCGCAACAGCUACCUUAUCUAACUUUCAGGACACGUUAUCCUGUCAUCUUAAAGCUCGCGAUUCUAUUGGCUAUCGAGUAUGCGUGGAAUAUUUUUCCUUCAACUCCAAGGUCGUCUGGCUUGCUACUGUUAGGGAAUGCUCUGUUGCUGCUAGGCAUUGGGUUUGGUCACGCCGAUGGUACUUUGCCUGCAUACCAGAUGAAAUCGGGACCACAAGUGAAGUCAGCUUCUGCAGCAAAUAUGCAAUAGUAUAGACCACUGCAAGCCUGAGGGAGAUAUAAUAGCAUGUAGAACUUAUUUAUAGCUAAAACGCCAGACCCAACAAUUCCCUUCACCA